GCCUGUUGGUCAGUGUGUUGGAUUCAGUGAGAUAUGAUUGCAAGAGGAUUUCGUUGGAUUAUAUUGAUUGCAGAUUUGGUUAUUUGAAGAUUCCAAGCAUUUGGCUAGAAGAUUGCAAAAAGUAUAUGGCUAAAUGUAGUCAUCUAUUAUUUCUUACUUUGGGUUUGCAAGUUCUGGGAAUUUUCAUACCAUACAUAAGUGUUCUUCAGAAAAAUAUAUUCAGCCCUCCUCUUCCCUUUAUAAGUCAAACGGUUGGUUUCAGUCCGGAAUGUGGGAUUUUUACAUUUUUCUUAGUUCCGGGAAGCUUCUUUGGAAUUAUUUUGUGCUUCAUAAUCCAUAAAACAAGUGACAUUCAAGGAAAGCAAUUUUUUCAAAAUGCCUCAUUUCUAUGCGGCGUUCUGUACUUUAUGAGCUGGGUUUUUCUUUGUGCAUCUCCUUUUACCUUCACAGACCUUCCGAACAAAUAUGAAUGGGUUUUAUCAGUAUUGUGUGUGCACAUGACUGGAGCGAUGCUUAUGCUUACAAGCAGUGUAUUUUUUGUUAUUUUGCAAGCCAUACUUUACUGGAAUUGCAAAAUCAAUACUGACAACUAUUUCUACAGACAAAAGAUGAGUUAUAUUAUAACUCCAGCAGCAUUUGUAGGAUUAAUUUCACUUACAGCGUUAGGUUUCGAGGAACUAAGCCUCGAGGAAGGCCAAUCAAUGACACAAAUGGUGUAUCUUUUGCCUACAAAACUAAGCAUGAAAUACAUUAUAACUGCAGUAUGUGAAUGGACAAUUACUCUUUCAAUGUGGUGCACUUUGCUGACUUAUUACGAAGAAAUGCAGAAGAUGAAUUUAUUCAUAAAAGUUAAACGAAAGAAGAUCUGCCUCUAA